AAUAAUCCACAUCUAGGGCAAGCUGACUGAGAGGCGAUCCAGCGCUCAGCUCCUCUCUGCAGCCUGAGAAAAGAGACAGAGAGCAAAAGGCAACGAUUUUCAACGCAGGAGGAAAAAAAGAACGUGAGAUUUUUUUUUUUGACACAUCAAGAAGAUACAGAAUCAACAAAGGAAAAUUUUCAUUUGCGGAUAUCAUUUAUUUAUACAUAUUGUUUAUAUAUCUAUAUAUAUUUGUACACACGCAUAUAGAUAUUUAUAUAUAUAAAUAUACAUUUAUCCUUGUACAUAUCUGUAUUUGUGCUCGUCUGUUUAUAUUAAUAUUUUUAUAUGUAUUUGUGUGUGUAAAUAUAUAUGAUAUAUAAACAAAAGAAUCUAUAUAUCUAUGAAUUUAUAUGCGUAUCACUGUGAACCAAGAGAAGCAAGAAGAAAUUUUUAUCAUCAGGGCUGGUCUCUGAUUGCGUGGUGGCAUACAAUAUCUUAAAUAUUUCCUUUGAUCUUCUACGUCAAGAGGACAAAGACUACGUGCCCAUUUUGUAUUUUUUGUUUUCCUGUUGCUGCUUCCCAUCCAUCUCAGUUUCAGCUUCUGUUUUUUUGUUCUCUACAUCCACGAGGAAUAAAGCAACCGGAUUUGACCAAAACAGAGAGUGAGAGAGAGAAAGAAAAAAGAAAAAAAAACACGACAGAGGAUAAAAUCUGUACAAAUUCCUGUGAUUGGUGUUAUUUCCUUCGGCUCUAGCGCUCUGCGAGCCGAUCGCCGAGUGCCGUGUGAGAUCUGAGGAGGCAGCAGAGACCGAGUGCCACGCCGCUCAUCCCAGCGUCAGCCCAGCCAGCACAGCCAGCAUGCACAAACACCAUCACUGCUGCAAGUGCCCAGAAUGUUAUGAGGUGACCCGUAUGGCAGCUCUGCGCAGGAUGGACCCCCCAGCGUACGGAGGAGACUGGCAGGCCGAGCCCUAUGGAUACCCACCUGGGUACGGGGGAGGCCAGACCUUGCCCCCUCCAGCCUCAGGAGGGGGUGGAAGCAUGGGAGGAGGAGGCGGUGGGGGCGGAGGAGGAGGUGGUGGAGGUGGCACUUUGGGGAGAAGUAAGGGCAAGAUUAUGUCUGGUGGAGGCCCUGGAGGCCCCAACCCAAAGGGCCAGUCCAAGUGUGGCCCCAAAGUAAACGGCAACAACUCCAGUGGACAAGGAGGAUGGUGGCCUGAGUGCACCUGCACCAACCGGGAGUGGUACGACCAGGCCAACCCUCCCCCCAUCAUUGUCAACGCAGACUCACUAGAUGCAGGCCCUUAUGUAAACGGAAGCGACGGGAUGUUUAAAUAUGAGGAAAUCAUUUUAGAGAGGGGGAACUCCGGCCUGGGCUUUAGCAUUGCUGGAGGAAUAGACAAUCCCCACAUUCCCGAUGAUCCGGGGAUUUUCAUCACCAAGAUAAUCCCUGGAGGAGCAGCUGCUAUGGACGGACGGCUGGGGGUUAAUGACUGCGUGCUGCGUGUGAACGAGGUGGACGUCUCCGAGGUGGUUCACAGCCGAGCGGUGGAAGCCCUGAAGGAGGCGGGGCCUGUGGUGCGGCUGCUGGUCCGACGGAGGCAGGCCCCCCCAGAGACCAUCCUGGAGGUCAACCUGCUGAAGGGCCCCAAAGGACUGGGAUUCAGCAUUGCUGGGGGAAUUGGGAACCAGCAUAUUCCUGGAGACAAUAGCAUUUAUAUCACCAAGAUCAUAGAAGGAGGAGCCGCCCAGAAAGAUGGACGACUGCAGACUGGAGACCGACUGCUAGCUGUGAACAACAUCGUGCUGCAGGAUGUGCGUCAUGAGGAGGCGGUAGCUGCGCUGAAGAACACCUCUGAUAUGGUUUACCUCAAGGUGGCCAAGCCAGGACCCGUGCAUCUGAACGACAUGUACGCCCCUCCCGACUACUCCAGCAGCCUGGCCCUCCCUCCAGCCUUCCCCACCAUGGUGGACAACCACGUCAGCCACAGUUACAUGGGGGCGAUGGAGCCAAAGCCGGUGUAUCCACCGCCCCAGGUCACCCCGUCAAGGUACUCGCCCGUCCCCCGCCACAUGCUUGGGGAGGAAGACUUCACGAGCAGAGCUGAACCUAUUUACAGUGUCAUCCACAAACCUGGGGAUAGCAAGGCGCCCCAGGCCCACUACAGAGGCUUCUGUCCUUCCCCUGCUCCCCUGUGCCAAGGUCCACUCCCCUUCUCUGGCAGGGAGCCGAGGAAGGUGGUGUUGCACAAGGGCUCCACCGGAUUGGGCUUCAACAUCGUCGGCGGGGAGGAUGGAGAGGGGAUUUUUGUCUCCUUCAUCCUGGCUGGAGGGCCGGCUGACCUGAGCGGCGAGCUGCGGAGGGGCGACCGGAUCCUGUCGGUGAAUGGAGUGAACCUUAGGAACGCCACUCAUGAACAGGCAGCUGCAGCCCUGAAGAGAGCUGGACAGACUGUCACCAUCAUUGCUCAGUACAGGCCUGAAGAGUACAGUCGCUUUGAGUCGAAGAUCCACGACCUGAGGGAGCAGAUGAUGAACAGCAGCAUGAGCUCAGGAUCAGGCUCCCUGCGCACCAGCGAGAAGCGCUCCCUCUAUGUCAGAGCUCUCUUUGACUACGAUCGAGCACGAGACAGCUGCCUGCCCAGCCAAGGCCUGAGUUUCUCUUAUGGCGAUAUCCUUCAUGUCAUCAACGCUUCUGACGAUGAGUGGUGGCAGGCGAGGCUCGUCACUCCGCACGGAGAGAGCGAGCAGAUUGGGGUCAUUCCAAGCAAGAAAAGAGUGGAAAAGAAAGAGCGAGCCAGAUUAAAAACUGUCAAGUUCCACGCCAGGACAGGCAUGAUUGAGUCCAACAGGCAGCAAGUUAAAGUGAAGCGCAAAAAAAGCUUCAACCUCUCACGCAAGUUCCCGUUUUACAAGAGCAAGGAGAAUAUUGUGCAGGAGUUGGUGGAGACUGAACAAUGCCUGACAUCCAACACAAGUGACAGUGAAAGUAGUUCAAAGGGUCAAGAGGACACGAUCUUGUCCUAUGAGCCAGUCAUUCGGCAGGAAAUCCACUACACAAGGCCUGUGAUCAUUUUGGGCCCAAUGAAGGACAGAGUAAACGACGACCUCAUCUCCGAGUUUCCCCACAAGUUUGGCUCCUGCGUUCCCCAUACAACCCGUCCAAGGCGAGAGACCGAGAUCGACGGGCAGGACUACCACUUUGUGGGCUCAAGGGAGCAAAUGGAGAAAGAUAUUCAAGAUAAUAAAUUUAUUGAGGCCGGCCAGUUUAAUGAGAACCUCUACGGGACAAGCAUCUUGUCUGUCAGAACUGUGGCAGAGCGGGGGAAACACUGCAUUCUGGAUGUGUCUGGGAACGCCAUAAAACGACUGCAGCAAGCACAACUUUAUCCGAUCGCCAUCUUUAUAAAACCAAAAUCCGUUGAAGCUCUAAUGGAAAUGAAUAAGCGUCAGACGUACGAGCAGGCCAAUAAAGUCUUUGACAAGGCGGUUAAGCUGGAGCAAGACUUUGGAGAGUAUUUCACAGCUAUUGUACAGGGUGACUCGCUAGAGGAGAUCUACAACAAAAUCAAGCUAAUCAUCGAGGAGCAGUCCGGACCAUACAUCUGGAUUCCCUCCCCAGAGAAGCUCUGAGCUCCCGGCCGUCCAACCUGCAGCAGCGCAGAGCUCCCCUCCUGCCUCCCAGAGACCCCACCCACGUCCACAUGCCAACCCCUCUCCCCUGCUCCUCACCUCCUUUUUGCAGAUAUGUUUCAUAUCCAGUUUUAGUGUCAUCAUUAUGUUACUCUCUAAAUGAAAAAGAAGUCUUUAUCACCAUUACUGUGACUGUGCACACCCCUGCAUGAGUUUCUCAACAAAACCAUUCAAGACUGGAAUCGCCAUUCCAAAGGAAUUUGUCAAACGAAAGCAAAAAGGGAAAAGGAUUAACUUCCUUUUGUGGACUAGGAACUGCCUGGAGAUCGGGUUCAGGAAGGAGGAGUAGUGAUUCAAAACGAAGAAAUAUAGACAAAUCAUACCAAGUUGGAAUACUUUGUAAAUGUUCAUCAGAUCACAUUUAAAAAGACAAGACAAGAGGUUGAAGAACAAUUAGGGUUUUGUGUUUAGUUUUUUGGGUUUUUUCUAAACGGACUGGAUCAAAUUUGAGCCCUGCUGAUGGUACUGUUCGACGAGUCGUCUCUCUUGUUUAUACCGACAGAGGAAAUUGGCGGAGGAGCCUAUUAAAAAAACAUAAAACAAAACUGGUGAUCUAUUUAUCACGAACCAGCUCGCUGUUUGGUCGUCUGGAAAGAUGGCAGAUCAAGAGGAAGAAACGUGUUGUGAAUCUACAUUUAUAUUAUAAGAUCACAAGAUAAAUCAUUAAGUCCUUCUGAGAUUUUACAGCAUAUUGAAAACUUCACAUUUUACACUUCGUUAGAACCGUCAUUUGGAGGGCUGUUUAGAUUUUUUCCUUUCUUUCUUGUGGGAUUUUAUUUUAUUUUUUAAUUCGAUUUUAUUUUUUGGCUUGUGGUUUUUAGCUGCUCUGUAAAGGACGGGGGUAGAGAAGUGUAACCGGGCUCUCUGCAAAACACCAAACUGCCUUACAUCUAAAACAAAUUCUGUUUUGUGACUACCUGUUGUCUGUGAGGGAGGCUGAAAGCAACCAAAGAGGGCGAGAUCUUUACAUUUUGUGCCCUCAAAGAGCCAGGAGGUCAGACGUUAAGUGCAAUAGAUCAAAAAUCAAGUCUUGCCUCCCUUUACUUCCUUUUCAAACCUUUUUUUUCCUGUUUUUUGUGUGUAAUCAAACAAUUUGGCUUUUUCCAAUCCAGACAGGUAGAGCCUCCCGACUCAUGUUGAGCAGUAGACGACCCCAUUACACUCUCUGCCUUCCAGGACGAUUCACUUCUGAUUGGUCACAUGGUACUGUCCUAUCAGCUGCUGCCGCUGUGUGUGGCGGCCUUAAAAACGGGUAGAACAAGACAAUAAUUGUAUUGGAUGUUCUAACAAUUAAAGAGUCAGUAUAACCUGUUUUUGAAUUGUCCCCCCUCUGCCAAAAUGAGAAAACACUAAAGUUGGGUUUGAGUAAA